AUGGCGGCAGCCUUCGGAGCUUCAAGAGCCCUAUCCUCUCAACUCCCCAUUCCCCAACAGAAGUCACUUCCCCGAUCGCUUUCCAGACCUUCGCCCCAGCCCCAGCUCCCCAGUGUACGAGUUUGGGCGAGUUUUGAGGGCGACAUCAUCUCUCAAACCCAAGCGGAGCGGAGCAGAUUCGUCUUGGCCCUGCUCAGCCAGGAGGAGAAACCAAAGAGUUCUGUUCCACCAGUGGCUGUCACUGGAGAUGAUGCCCACCGAGGCAGGGAGUGUCUUUCCAAAAUAUCCCCAGGGGUGGGAACCCUGUUGUUCCUGCCUCUGCUACUACUCUGUGCCAUGGGGCACUGCCUCUCCCUCUCCCAUAUGAUUCCCUCAGUCCACCAUCUUCUUAUUCCCAUGUCACAGAAUCAGCACAGACCAACAACAUCCCACACCCUGUCCACACCUCUCGAGGAAAUGCCCAAGAAUCUGGACUUCUUGGGGGACUGGCUUCCAGACUUCAGAGCCAAUGUCUUAGUUCAUUGUUCUGAUGGUUGGGACUGUACAGCACAAGUCUGCUCCUUGGCCAGCAUCCUCCUAGAUCCAUUUUUGGACAAAGGACUUAUGAUCCUGAUAGAGAAAGAAUGGAUAUCCAUGGGCCACAAGUUUUCCCAAAGGUGUGACCACCUUGAUAGAGACUCAAAAGUGGUGUCCCCUAUCUUCACCCAGUUCCUAUAUUGUAUCUGACAAUUAACAGAACAGUUUCGCUGUGCCUUUGAGUUUAAUGAAGACUUCCUGCUGGGGAUCCAUGACCACAUUUUCUCCUUACAGUUUGGAAACUUCCUUGGAAACUGCCAGAAGGAUUGGGAAGAUCUUCAAGUUUAUGAAAAAACACAUUAUAUGUGGCCUUUCUUGGUUCAGAGGAAACCAGACUUGAGGAACCCUCUCUAUAAAGGCUUCGCUAUGUAUGGGGUACUCAAUCCUAACACUGUGCCCUACAACAUUCAGUUCUGGUGCAGAAUGCAUAAUUGCUUUGACAAAAGGCAGCAACCCAAGCAGAGUGUGGUAGAGAAUCUCCUGGAAAUUAAGAAACAGGGAGCAAUGCUGGAGGCAGAUGUGCAUGAACUAAAAAAGAAACUGAAAGCUUGUGAUGAGCCACCAGAAGAGGUCUGUACCUGCUCUCAAUUAGGGAAUUUAUUAUCCUAGCAUCUGGGAAGUGCUUUGAUCAAUCCUCUUGGAUUUAUGGGUAUCGAUGGAGAACUGAAUACCUUGAUGGAGAAUGGCACCCUGUCCAGGAAAAGAGGCCUCUGAGCUCAGAUGGAUCAACUAAAAAGCCUGUGUGCAGACCUCCACUAUGACUGUUGUGGAACUGUGGGAAGCCUUAGGGCCAUAAAUAUCUCUGGAGAUGAGGGCCUCUCUGGAGACACAGGUAUAUCUGAAGCCACAGGAAUUUCUGGAGACAUGGGCAUAAACUUGGGUAUCUCUGGGGCCAGAGACAUCUCUGAGGUCACCGGUAUUUUUAGAAACAUGGGUAUUUCUAAGGCCAAGUGCUUCUCUGGAGACAUGGGCACCUCUGAGGCCAGAGGUUUCUCUAGGUGCUUGACCAUCACUGAGGAUGCAGCUAUCUUCAAGGUGUACACCAAAGAGGCAGGCUGCUCCAAGCAACAAUGA